AUGCAAAACUACAUGUAUGAGAAGGCAAUGGCACCAGAGUCCAGAAACGGAGGAAGCGCAACGUUAAAUAACAACAACGGCAUAGACAACAGCAAGAGGAAAUUCCUGAUCUGUCUCGAUGUCGUCUGUUUACUUCUAGCUGGCCUGCCUUUCCUGAUUAUCGAAACUAGCACUAUCAAGCCCUACCAGCGCGGGUUUUACUGCAGCGACGAGUCCAUCAAGUACCCGUACAAAAACGGAGACACCAUAAGUGACGCAGUGCUUUGCGCCGCUGGCAUUCUUAUUGCCAUUCUUUCUAUCAUUAUUGGAGAAUGCUACAGGAUUCACUACCUGAACGAGGGCUCCAAAUCUUUCAUCGGCAACCCGUACGUCGCCACCCUGUACAAGCAAGUCGGCGUCUUCAUCUUCGGCUGCGCGGUUAGCCAGUCCUUCACAGACAUUGCCAAGGUGUCGGUCGGCCGCAUGCGCCCCCACUUCCUGGAUGUGUGCCAACCAGACUUCUCAGCCAUCAACUGCACCCUGGGUUACAUCACGGAUUACAAAUGUCAAGGGUCGGACAGCAAAGUGCAGGAGGCCAGGAAAUCCUUCUUCUCAGGCCACGCCUCUUUCUCCAUGUACACUAUGCUGUACCUGGCGUUCUACCUGCAGGCCCGGUUCUCGUGGCGUGGAGCUCGCCUGCUCCGCCCCCUGCUCCAGUUCACCCUCCUCAUGAUGGCCUUCUACACGGGCCUGUCCCGCGUCUCCGACCACAAGCACCACCCCACCGACGUCCUGGCCGGCUUUGCUCAGGGAGCCCUGGUGGCCUACUGCAUAGCCUUUUACGUGUCAGACCUCUUCAAGCCUAAAGCCAAGAUGGCCACCCCUCCGCCCUCUCCCAUCAAGAAGGAACUGCUCCCCUCUGCAGACAUCAUAGAGCGGAACAAUCAUCACAAUAUGGUGUGAGGGAGCACUGCCCAGACAAUCUGAACCCACGCCCAGGACAGACACCUGUGACCAUUGACCAGCAACCACCCUGCUGCUCACCCUUCUCAUCUGACAGUAGAAUGUAGGGAAGAGAGACAGUUUAUUCUUAUUAUUGAGACUUUAAUUUUUUGUUAAAAAAUUGAGCCCUUGCUGUAGAAGAAAAAGCUAAACAAAAAACCCCAGAUGUGUUGGGUUUUGAGCCUGUUAACUACUUCUUGUAGAUUCACUUUGAAUGGUUUUCUCAGACUCAAGAGAAAUAAUCACACAUUGGGUUAGGGGAGGGGUUGGGGAAGGGGGGUUAAAAAAAUGACAAAGAAAAAAUGAAAGGGCGGAUGGGAUGUAUUGCUGGCUGAUGUGCUCUCUGAGACAUCACCAGUUAUACCCUGUCCUUCUCUGUGGCCUUUCUUCAUAUAGGACAACAAAUUCCUUAGUAAUAGGAAUGAUUUUUUUUCCUCAAAUGUAACUAGCACAGAUAUAUUAACAAUAUAAAAUAACUUAUAGCACUAUAUCCAAGCUCAUUUCAAAUUGUCACCACUUGCUACUUGGAAGAAUAGCUAUAAGAAAGCUUGUUGAUAGUUGUAUGAUGCAGAAAGGGUUCUAGGGUUCACACAAAGUGAAGAAGCCUGGGAUUAUGCAAUACCUCUUGGAUCACAAGGAUCUGUUUGUGAUACUUGGAAAGAAUAGAGGUAGUGCAAGUGAAAGUUUAAAUGUGAAUGCUUUCAUUGCCAACCCAUCAAGUUUAUUAUAGACAUUCAGAACAGUGGCCUAGCACCAUGGGACAUUGCGUUUUUAAAGGGUAAGGGGGGGGAUGCCGGAGGUAUGACUAAGGAUUUUAUUUUUGUUUCUUAGGGUGAUGUAAAGUUCUCACUGCCUCCCAUCACAAGCAGUGCUGUGUGGGGCAUGGCUGUGCCGUGCCGCUCCACAGUGUUCGGGUGUUCAGUAGAGGAGUUUGGGUGGGGCUCAAGGCGGGGUGGGGGCGGAGGAAGGGGGCGGGGUCUGUUGUGACAGUCGUUGGGAUUGACUCCCAUGGCAUACUGGCGCAUUUUGGCUGAGGGCUCCUUCCGCUGGCAGGGAGGAGUCCUCCUCUUACUCAAUCACUCGAUGACGGAGGUGUGUGUGUCCACGAUGUACACCAGACGUGGCCCCAUCGGUGGUGUGUGUAGAUAAGUCCUGAACAGGUUGGGGCGCCUGCAGUCGAAACUGUGCCAAGUCCGGAGUGUGUGUGUCACUGUGUAACCAGAGGACUGUUACUGUGUUCUGAAAAGAAAACUGUGGAUUUUUAAAAAAAUUUUCUUUGAUAUGAAUUCAUCUUUAACAUUUUUUAAUGUUGUCUGUUAUUAACAAUAGCAAUUGUACAGAUACCCAAAUCAUUUUAUGGCAUACUCAGAAACCCUGAAAACAAUGACAACUCCACAAUGUUGCACAUCCUUCUCUUUGUAUAGUCCGUCCUAUCAUUUCAACCACAGCAAGCUGUUUUAUUUUUUUUAUAAAUAUAUAAAUAAUGUAUAGAUCACUAAAAAUUAACUAUGUAAAAUAUUAUCUCUGAACCUUUUUAGUUAUAUCCACUAUGAAUAAAAAGUUUGUGUCAUGACCUGUGUUAUUUACAAAGUGCUGCUUAAAAAAGCAUUGAUUGACAGAUUUUUGUAUUUAGUAAGCUAAAAUAUUGUAGAUUUGUGAUAGUAAGUUUUUAAUAUGCGUAAAAAGAAGGAAGUACACCUACAACUGUAUUAAAAAAAUCACUUUUAGUAUUUUUGUAUUGUCUCAUUUUGUACAAAAGAAAUAUUAGCAAUUUUUUUUUCCUGCUAAAUGUACUUAGCUAUAAUACAUGUGCUUUUAAAUAAAAAAAGCUCAUUAU